UUCAAUCUGCACUGAAGACGAAAACUGCUUGUUGAAGGACCGACUUUUUUCGAGGGCCUAUCAUGAUAUCAUCAGCCAUCAAAUGAGGAGAAUACGGCUUAAGCUAGCAUGGUGUGCGUGGUUGGGCUUGAUCACCUUCCUUGCGCUGUGGGCGAUGGUGACGGGGUUCCGUCUUCUCUUCUGUGGACAAGACGACACGAAGCGAAUAGUGAACUUCUUCAGCAUGGACAGAGACCUAUUUCUAAACUUACAUCAAUAUCAAUUCAUUCUAAAUGCUGACGUUGUUGACGUUGAUGUAGUGACUGUUGUCCACUCAAACCCGUCUCACGUGACCAGAAGAACAGAAAUCCGCAAAACCUUCGGCUCUGUGAGGUAUUUUAAAGGGGUCACAUCCGCAACUGUUUUUAUGCUUGGCCUUGUGACGAACCAGCACCUCCAACAGCAGCUCCAGCAAGAAGCCUCCACCUACGGGGACAUGGUCCAGGGGAACUUCAUCGACCACUACCAGAACGUGACCCACAAACACGUGAUGGCGAUGCACUGGGUGGGCGGACACUGCAACCGCGCCAAGGUCAUUGUAAAGAUGGACGAUGACGUCAUCGUCAACCCAUACAAUCUCGUCAACUACAUCAAAACGACGAUGCUACCAAACGAUACGAUUCACUGCAGCGUUCGAACUAAAGGCAUUCCUGAGAGGAGGGAGGGGGAAAUUGGGUAUAUACCUAUUGAGCACUACCCCUUCCCUGUGCUCCCUGACCACUGCACAGGAUUUGCCUACAUCACCACACCACAUGCCUACCGGAAGUUGUGUGACGCGUCACGUGACUCGCGUUACCUCCGCAAUGAUGGCGUAUACGCGACAGGUGUCCUUGCACUGCAGGCACAUGUUCGAAGACGUCACAUGGGCGAUAAAUACAUUGUGUCACGCUGCAGAGCUAAAGAAAAUAGGCAGCACGUGCUUAACGACGCCAUUUUUGUUUUGAACAAGAAAGGUCAGUGUGGUGAUUUUUAUGAACUAUGGCGUCAUAUACAACGGAAUAAACACUGAUGUUGGC